AAACGUUAUGGCAUUUUAUCUACUGCAGUAAUAUAUAAUGCCUACUUUCAACGCUAAUGAAUACUGGUCAGGAACAUCUAAUGGAGCCAGCACCUACUCAUUUGCAUGACGGAGCACAGCUUCAGGGGUUCUCUGCUAAGAGAUUGGCCGGCAAAGUCGCAGUCAUAACCGGCGGAUCAAGAGGAAUCGGCGCCGCAACAGCCAAAGCAUUCGCCAAAAAUGGCGCCCACGUCGUCAUCGCCGACUUACUAGACGACAUCGGAGCCGAACUCGCGGACACCAUCAGCGGCCGCUACAUACACUGCGACGUGUCGAAGGAAACCGACGUGGAAUCGGCCAUCGAGCUCGCAAUCCGUUGGAAAGGCCAGCUAGACAUCAUGUUCAACAACGCCGGGAUUUCAGGUCCCGGAGGGAGCAUAACAACCAUGGACAUGGAACAGGUAAAGCACCUGAUCUCAGUCAACGUCCACGGCGUUCUGCACGGAAUCAAAUACGCCGCGAAAGCCAUGAUCGAAGGAGGGAGAAAAUCCGGAAGCAUAAUCUGCACAUCGAGCUCGGCUGCGAUCAUGGGUGGGCUUGGUUCACACGCGUACUCGUUGUCGAAGGAAGCCAUUAAUGGGUUGAUGAGAAGCGCUGCUUGCGAGCUGGGAAUGUAUGGGAUACGAGUGAACUGCAUUUCUCCACAUGGGGUUCCUUCGGAGAUGCUCGUGGAUGCGUACAGGAAGUACCUUGGGAAAGAAGAUAUGAAAGCCGAAGAGGUGGGUAGGAUUGUAGGUGAGAAAGGGAGUUUGCUGAGAGGAAGAGGAGGAUUUGCCGAGGAUGUGGCUCAAGCAGCAUUGUUCUUGGCUAGUGAUGAAGAAUCUGGAUUCGUUACUGCUCAUAAUCUUGUUGUUGAUGGAGGAUACACGUCUGCUACUAGUACUAUGAACUUCAUUUACCGGUAGCCAUGGAUGACGAAUUUGAAGCAGAACAACACUUGGCAAAAGAAAGGAAGAAAAAUAAAUGGACUACAAUAGACUACCUCUCUCUCUCUCUCUCUCUCUCUCUAAAUAAUCUCUAUUUUGAAUAAUAGUAAUGCAUACUGUAUCUCUCCCUCUCCUUAUUGAUAGACAGAUUUUAACAUCUCUUGAAAAGAUGGAUUUUUUACUUAAUACCAUAAUGUCAUGUGGCUAAUUUUAGUCAUACAAUAGAAAGGGAACUAUAUGGGUAUGAAUUAUCAUUAAAUUGUUAUUCAUUUCA